CCUACAAAUCCAAACAGGCCCUUAGAAAAUUUGUCCUUCCGCUUUUAACGCGCUCCUACCCGUCUACCGUCUUUACCAUUCUUGUCGAAGGAAAAUGUCAGAAGACAAGCGCGGAACUUGCGUUCCUCUUAUAAGAACAGCUACUACUAAUGGUAGCAAUAAUAGCUCAGCCGAAAUUGGCACACACCCGAAGGCAAGCUAUGAGGAGGUGGUCGAAGGCGAAAGGCUUUUCAUGGACACCCUUGAGGACCUGCACAAAUCCCUCGGGACCAAGUUCUUAGUUCCUACAACUGGAGGGAAGCCUCUCGACCUACACCGUUUAUUUGUUGAAGUCACUUGUCGCGGUGGUCUCCAAAAGGUUAUAGGAGAUCGCAAAUGGAAGGAAGUGACUUCUGCCUUCAGUUUUCCAUCAACAAUUACAAAUGCAUCUUUUCUAUUGCGCAAGUACUAUCUUUCCUUGCUUCAAACAUAUGAGCAAGUCUACUUCUUCCGUAAGAGAGACUCCAAGCUUUCUUUAAAUGAACAUCCUCCCCUCGGAGUAGGCAGCUUGGUGAAGGGAAAAAUUAACGGGAAGUUUGAGAAUGGAUAUAUAAUAACAGCAAAUUUCGGUUCCAAUAUAUUGAAUGGUAUUCUUUAUCAUGUUCCUUUCCAAUCUGAUGGACGAUAUAAUUCUCCUCUUCUUUCUAAUAAUUGUGGCCGAAAAAGGUCCAGAAGAGAAACUGAUCCCUCUGGUCUUGAUUCAAAUGUGGGAGGCUACAAUAUUUUCUUCGCUGAGCAUUAUUCCAAACUAAGGCCUUUGUAUUCUGGGAAGGAAAAGCUUAUGGUCAAGUACAUAAAUUCUCUUUGGAAUAAUCUUACCGAAUCUGAAAAAGAGGUUUAUGAGGACAGGGAUAAAGAGCGUUAUAAUGCUGGUACGUCGGUAAGCGAAAGUUCGUAAUUUUCAUGGAACCAGUAUCAGACUUCCUCUGUUUCCUUUCUGAUGAAGGAAUGUAGCAGAGUAAUGUCUUUGAAGAGAGGCUAGCAGGUUCCAAGGAUAAGUAGUACAAUAUAUUGGUAGUUUCUUUUCUUCUUUAAUCAUGGUAUUAUCUCUGUGUAUCUUUUUUGCUGUAGUCUUUCUUAUUUUUGAUAUGUAUAUGUUUGGCUAUGCUCUUAUCAUCAAGUGCAUUAGGAUCAGAUCAGCUUGUCUAUUUGCUCUUUUUAGCAGAGGUUGUGCUUAGUGCCCUGAAUGCAGCAAAGCUAUUUAUAGUUACGUAAUCCUGCAGUUAGUAAAUAUUCCAGUAACGAAAAUGCUUAUUGUACUAUAAAUAUGGUGGUUUUAUAGAGUAGAAUUGAAAACCCUUCCAGUGUU